GCCGCCGAUCUCAACAGUGUCCAAGUCCGGCUCAGUAUUCAGGGCGAUGGGGGUCGCUCCUUAUCUCUGUCUCCUCCUGUCUUGUCUGGCAGGCGUGCGGUCCGAGAUCGUACUGAGACAGCCAAGGUCAGCGGUGGUAAAGCUUGGUCAGUCUCACAGACUGACCUGUGCGGUCAGAGGGUUCGAUAUCAGCAGCUGCUACAUGUACUGGGUGAGACAGGUUCCCGGGAAAGAGAGGGAGCGGUUGGUAUCGUAUUAUAGUGAAAGUUACAAGUAUUACGCGCCUGGAGUCCAGAGCCGGUUCACCGCUUCCAAGGACAGCAACAACUUUUAUCUGCAAAUGAACAGCCUGAGAGUGGACGACACGGCCACCUAUUACUGUGUGAAGGGCUGCUAUUACGAGAAGUGGGAUACUAUACGGCAGUACAGUGCAGGGUAUUGUGAUAGUACUGUACUAGGGAUUGGGUACGAUAGCGGUCUUUAUUACUGGGGAGGAGGAACCUCGCUGGUGACUUCAGAAUUGUCUGUCUUUAUUCAAAAUCCCAACAUUGAAGAGAUAUGGAUCGACAAGACGGCUACCGUGAAGUGCACGGUUCUCUGUACAGAUCCCGAAGAUAUCCACAUCUCUUGGCAUGUGGGCGGGAAUGAGAAAACUAGUGGACCUGUCAGACAUCAAGCGGAGAGGGACGGGUCCCGACACAGAGUGCUCAGCGAACUCCAGAUCAGUGUGGAGGAGUGGUUCAGUGGGGUGGAGUACGAGUGCUCUGCUCAGGAAUCUCCUUCAUCUUCCCGAGUGUCAGCACGAACUAAAGGCACCAAAGUCCAGAUAAAAAGUCCCAAGGUCAGUCUGCUGCCUCCACAGGAAGAGACCAAGAAAAGGAAAAUGGCCACACUGGAAUGUGUGGUCUCUGGAUUCUACCCGGACCAAAUAAAUGUCAUCUGGGAGAAAGGCAGCACCGUGAUCACCUCCAACACCGGCGCUACACCGACCGCUCUGGAGCAAGGGUGGACUUUCAGUACCAGACACUUCCUGACCAUGAGUUUACAGGAGUGGAAUACAGAAUCAGUCUUCAGCUGUACAGUGAAUCAUCCCCCCUCCAACACCCGUAUCAAGAAGCAAGUGAAGAACGUCCCAGAAUUGCAUGUCUUUAUUCAAAAUCCCUACAUUGAAGAGAUGUGGAUCGACAAGACUGCUAUCGUGAAGUGCACAGUUAUCUGUACAGAUCCGAGAAAAUUAAGCAUCACUUGGUACGUGGGCAGCAGGGUGAAAACUACAGGAACUGUCAGACGUCAACCACAGAGGGACGGGUCCCGAUACAGAGUCCUCAGUGAACUCCAGAUCAAUGUGGAGGAGUGGUUCAGUGGGGUGGAGUACGAGUGCUCUGCUCAGGAAUCUCCUUCAUCUUUCCGAGUGUCAGAACGAACUAAAGGCACCAAAGUCCAGAUAAGAAGUCCCAAGGUCAGUCUGCUGCCUCCACCUCAGGAAGAGACCAAGAAAAGGAAAACAGCCACACUGGAGUGUGUGGUCUCUGGAUUCUACCCGGACCAAAUAAGUGUCAUCUGGGAGAAAGACAACACCGUGAUCACCUCCAGAACCAGUGCUACACCAACUGCUCUGGAGAAGGGGUGGACUUUCAGUACCAGACACUUCCUGACCGUGAGUUUACAGGAGUGGAAGACAGAAUCAGUCUUCAGCUGUACAGUGAAUCAUCCCCCCUCCCACACCACUAUCAACAAGCAAGUGAAGAACAUCCAAGAAUUGUCUGUCUUUAUUCAAAAUCCGGACAUUGAAGAGAUGUGGAUCGACAAGACGGCUACCGUGAAGUGCACGGUUAUCUGUACAGAUCCCGAAGAUAUCCACAUCUCUUGGCACGUGGGCGGGAAGGAGAAAACUAGUGGACCUGUCAGACAUCAAGCGGAGAGGGACGGGUCCCGACACAGAGUGCUCAGCGAACUCCAGAUCAGUGUGGAGGAGUGGUUCAGUGGGGUGGAGUACGAGUGCUCUGCUCAGGAAUCUCCUUCAUCUUCCCGAGUGUCUGCACGGACCAAUAGUACCAAAGUUGAGAUAAGAAGGCCCAAGGUCAGACUGCUGCCUCCACCUCAGGAAGAGACCAAGAAAAGGAAAACAGCCACACUGGAGUGUGUUGUGUCCGAUUUCUAUCCAGACCAAAUAAAUGUCAUCUGGGAGAAAGACAGCACCGUGAUCACCUCCAAUACCAGCACUACACCGACUGCCCUGGAGCAGGGGUGGACUUUCAGUGCCAGACACUUCCUGACUGUGAGUUUAGAGGAGUGGAAGACAGAAUCAGUCUUCAGCUGUACAGUGAUUCAUCCCCCUUCCAACACCCGUAUCAAGAAGCAAGUGAAGAACGUCCCAGAAUUGUCUGUCUUUAUUCAAAAUCCCGACAUUGAAGAGAUGUGGAUCGACAAGACUGCUACCGUGAAGUGCACGGUUCUCUGUACAGAUCCCAACGAUAUCCACAUCUCUUGGCACGUGGGCGGUAAGGAGAAAACUAAAGGAAUUCACAUCCAUCAAGCGGAGAGGGACGGGUCCCGAUACAGAGUGCUCAGCGAACUCCAGAUCAAUGUGGAGGAGUGGUUCAGUGGGGUGGAGUACGAGUGCUCUGCUCAGGAAUCUCCUUCAUCUUCCCAAGUGUCAGCACGGACCAAUAGUACCAAAGUCGAGAUAAAAAGUCCCAAGGUCAGACUGCUGCCUCCACCUCAGGAAGAGACCAAGAAAAGGAAAAUGGCCACACUGGAGUGUUUGGUCUCUGGAUUCUACCCAGACCAAAUCAAUGUCAUCUGGGAGAAAGACAACACCGUAAUCACCUCCAACACCAGUGCUACACCGACUGCUCUGGAGCAGGGGUGGACUUUCAGUACCAGACACUUCCUGACCAUGAGUUUACAGGAGUGGAAUUCAGAAUCAGUCUUCAGCUGUACAGUGAUUCAUCAAACCUCCAACAGCAGUAUCAAGAAGCAAGUGAAGAACAUCCCAGAAUUGUCUGUCUGUAUUCAAAAUCCCAGCAUUGAAGAGAUGUGGAUCGACAAGACUGCUACCGUGAAGUGUACGGUUCUCUGUACAGAUCCAGAAUAUAUCCUCAUCUCUUGGCACGUGGGCAGGAAAGAGAAAACUAAAGGAAUUCACACCCAUCAAGCGGAGAGGGACGGGUCCCGAUACAGAGUGCUCAGCGAACUCCAGAUCAGUGUGGAGGAGUGGUUCAGUGGGGUGGAGUACGAGUGCUCUGCUCAGGAAUCCCCUUCAUCUUCCCGAGUGUCAGCACGGACCAAUAGUACAAAAGUCAAGAUAAAAAGUCCCAAGGUCAGACUGCUACCUCCACCUCAGGAACAGACCAGGAAUAGGAAAACAGCCACACUGGAGUGUGCUGUGUCUGAUUUCUACCCAGACGAAAUAAAUGUCAUCUGGGAGAAAGACAGCACCGUGAUCACCUCCAACACCAGCGCUACACCGACCACUCUGGAGCAGGGGUGGACAUUCAGUGCCAGACACUUCCUGACCGUGAGUUUACAGGAGUGGAAGAGAGAAUCAGUCUUCAGCUGUACCGUGAUUCAUCCCCCUUCCAACACCCGUAUCAAGAAGCAAGUGAAGAACGUCCAAGAAUUGUCUGUCUUUAUUCAAAAUCCCAACAUUGAAGAGUUGUGGAUCAAAAAGACUGCUACCGUGAAGUGUACGGUUAUCUGUACAGAUCCCAAAGAUAUCCAUAUCUCUUGGCAUGUGGGCGGGAAGGAGAAAACUAAAGAACAUGUCAUCCAUCAAGCGGAGAGGGAUGGGUCCCGAUACAGAGUUGUCAGCGAACUCCAGAUCAGUGUGGAGGAGUGGUUCAGUGGGGUGGAGUACGAGUGCUCUGCUCAGAUAUCUCCUUCAUCUUCCCGAGUGUCAGCACGGACCAAUAGUACCAAAGUCGAGAUAAAAAUUCCCAAGGUCAGACUGUUACCACCAACUCAGGAAGAGACCAAGAAUAGGAAAACAGCCACACUGGAGUGUGUUGUGUCCGAUUUCUAUCCAGACCAAAUAAAUGUCAUCUGGGAGAAAGACAGCACCGUGAUCACCUCCAACACCAGCGCUACACCGACCGCUCUGGAGCAGGGGUGGACUUUCAGUACCAGACACUUCCUGACCGUGAGUUUACAGGAGUGGAAGACAGAAUCAGUCUUCAGCUGUACAGUGAUUCAUCCCCGCUCCAACACCCGUAUCAAGAAGCAAGUGAAGAACGUCCAAGAAUUGUCCGUCUUUAUUCAAAAUCCCAACAAUGAAGAGAUGUGGAUCGACAAGACUGCUACCGUGAAGUGCACGGUUCUCUGUACAGAUCCCAAAGAUAUCCACAUCUCUUGGUACAUGAGCGGGAAGGAGAAAACUAAAGGAAUUCACACCCAUCACGCUGAGAGGGACGUGUCCCGAUACAGAGUGCUCAGCGAACUCCAGAUCAGUGUGGAGGAGUGGUUCAGUGGGGUGGAGUACGAGUGCUCUGCUCAGGAAUCUCCUUGAUCUUCCUGCGUGUCAGCAAGGACCAAUAGUACCAAAGUCAAGAUAAAAAAUCCCAAGGUCAGUCUGCUGCCUCUACCUCAGGAAGAGACCAAGAAAAGGAAAACAGCCACACUGGAGUGUGUGAUCUCUGGAUUCUACCCGGAUCAAAUAAAUGUUACCUGGGAGAAAGGCAGCUCUGUGAUCACCUCCAACACCAGCACUACACCGACUGCUCUGGAGCAGGGGUGGACUUUCAGCACCAGACACUUCCUGACCGUGAGUUUACAGGAGUGGAAGACAGUAUCAGUCUUCAGCUGUACAGUGAAUCAUCCACCCUCCAACAGCAGUAUCAAGAAGCAAGUGAAGAACAUCCAAGAUGACUGUUCAGAUACCCGCCCCUCAGUCACUUUAAGCAUAUAUUCCUUCAAAGAGAUCUGGAUGAAAGCGACCAUUCUGUGUGAGGUGGUUCACAGUGAUUUACAGGGAUUCAGUGUAACCUGGCAGGUGGAUGGAAGGAAGAGGGAAGAUGGGGUGAGGACUGUGGGUCCACACAGCGACGGAGGUGAAGAAGUGAUCACCAGCAGACUAACAGUCCCUGCUGCAGAGUGGAUCAGUGGGGCUGAGUACUCGUGUGUGAUCGAGGACGAGAGUUUGCCAACACCAGUGAAGAAAUCCAUCAGGAAGGACACAGGUGGUGUUGUGACUUGUCCUCAGGUCUACCUCCUCCCACCUUCAUCGGAUGAGGUUGACACCAAUCAGACAUGUCUGGUCACCAAGUUCUCUCCCGCAGAGGCCAAUGACACCCUUCUGAAGACAGGGUUUGUGAACCAGCCGGUGACCACGGACCCCAGAAAAGGCUGGAACACAAUGACCAGUCAGCUGAAGGUUUCUCCUGAGGAGUGGAAGAGCGGCACCACUUUCUCCUGUGUGGUGGGUCAUGAGUCGCUCACAACCAACCUGUUCCGAAGCAUCAAUAAAUCUCACAGCAAACCCACCCUGGUCAAUGUCUCACUUGUUCUGACUGAUAGUUUUAAAUCUUGUGUGUAAUACCACAUGAAAUCCUGGUUUUGUUAGCUUGAUGAUUAUUAAUGAUCACAAAGCAUUAUUUAGCUGAUUAAAAGAUUAUUACUAUCUGGACUUUUUAAUAUAAUAAAGAAUGAAAUUAAGGUCAAUAACCAAAUUAAACUACAACCAUGAUUCAUCACAAAUCUCUCAGUUACUGCGUAGGUUCUCUGCCACAUUUGAAUGGAUUUCCACCCUGUAUGGGUCUGCACAAUGUAUUCAGUCUUUGUGUCAAUAUACUGAUCCAAGUUCAAUAAAUGUGAUGUGAAUAUGUUUCAGUUGUGAUUUUUGGAGAUGGGAAAUGGUGAACUUUCGACAUGAGGUGGGAAGGUGAUGCACACUCGGGGAGAAAUAGGUGUCUUUGUAUCUAUGGUGCCUAAACCCUUCCAACAUUGGGUAUCCCAGUGAUUAGCUGUGAACUAAUGGUCAGGGACAUUGGAACCUACGGCCAUCUGACAGAUGUGAGAAUGCAAACCACUGACCAGACGUUAUAUCUGAGGCAAAGAUGGUGGAUCACUGUGUGCGGGCUCCUUGCCCUCGCUAACUUUGC